CGCCGCGGACGGCUCGCCGGUGCCGGCGGCAGCGCCCGGCCCGGCCAGGCCCGCCCCGUCGCGUCCCGCCCCGCCGCGCCAUGUCGCUGAGCCCCAAGCACACGACGCCCUUCUCGGUCACCGACAUCCUGAGCCCGAUGGAGGAGAGCUACAAGAAGUUCGGCGGCAUGGACGGGGCGGGCGGGCUGGGCGCGCCCCUCGGGCCCUACCGCCAGGCGCCCGUGCCCCCCGCGCCCGCCGCCGUCCCGCAGCACGUCCCCGCGGGGGCGGCCGCCUACCACAUGCCCCACGGCGUCUCGCAGUUCCCGCACGGCGCCGUCGGGGGCUACUGCAACGGCGGGCUGGGCAACGUGGGCGAGCUGCCCGCCUACCCCGAGGGGAUGCGGGGCGGCGCGGCGGCGGGCGGCGGCUGGUACGGGGCCGGCGGCGACCCCCGCUACUCCAGCAUCUCCAGGUUCAUGGGCCCGUCGGCCGGGAUGAACGUGGCCGGGAUGGGCGGCCUGAGCGGCAUCGCCGAGGGCGCCAAGGCCAUCGUGCCGCUCCACGCGGCCCCGCGGAGGAAGAGGAGGGUGCUCUUCUCCCAGGCGCAGGUCUACGAGCUGGAGCGGCGCUUCAAGCAGCAGAAGUACCUGUCGGCGCCCGAGCGGGAGCACCUGGCCAGCCUGAUCCACCUCACCCCGACCCAGGUGAAGAUCUGGUUCCAGAACCAUCGCUACAAGAUGAAGCGCCAGGCCAAGGACAAGGCGGCCGCCCAGCAGUUGCACCCCGACGGCGGCGGCCUCUGCCAGCAGCCCUCGCCGCGCCGCGUGGCCGUGCCGGUGCUGGUGAAGGACGGCAAACCCUGCCCGCCGCCGGGCAGCGGCACCCCGGGCCCCGGGCAGGCCGCCCCCGCGCCCCCCGCCGCCGCCCCCGCCGCCCCCGCCGCGCACCCGCACCCCGGCUCGCUGGGGCAGGCGGCCGACCUGGAGGAGCUGUCGCCCAGCCCGCCGGCGCUGCACGGCCCCGUGCCCCCCCUCGCCCCCCUGGACUCGGCCGGCGCCGACUACAACGGCGGCAUGGUCAGCCCCAACCUGCUCUACGGCAGGACGUGGUAAUCGGUGUGUCCCGUGUGUCCCCCCCGCGACCCCCCGGCCCUCCGAGACCGGACCCGCCGGCCCAGCGCCUGCGGGGACCCCGACGGACGCCCGUGGGCCCCCGCGCUCCCCUCUCUCCGGCCCCUUCCCGUCCUUCCUUCUGUUUUGUUUUUAUUUUUAAAGCCUCUCCGGUUUUUUGGAUGAACGAUCCCGACGGCAGCCCCGCGGCGGGGCCGAGUGCGCGUCCACGCGUGGGCUGCGGGCGUGACCGCGGCGCUCCCCGCGCGCGUGUGUGUGAGUGUGUGAGUGCGCCGAGGGUGUGCGUGUGCGCGUGUGUGCGUGGAGGGUCUGUGUGCACGCGUGGGCCUGGAUCCGCGUCCCGCCCGUGCCGCCGCAUCCCGCCCGGGAGCGCCCCUGACGGGGCGGGGGGAGCCGGGGGACCGCGGGGCUCCACUCCCGGCCCGGCCCCGCUCUCCUGCGGCAGCCCCGGGGCACCCGGAGCCCCGGCGUGUCCCGUCACAGCCCCGCUGAGCGCCACAAUAAACCUUCUGAAGUGCAACUUAUCUCGGCAGAAUUAAUUUCGCGGGGGUGCCCCGAAGUGCGAUUCCGCUCUUGUCCCCAUCGGAAGGUAAAUUGAGUCGCGACUCGAGAGGCGGCGGCGGGAGCCGUGGCAGAAGAGCCCUGGAAGGCCGGCGCUCAGAUUUAAGGGGAAAAAACCGUUUUUCUCGUUGUUGUUGUUAAAUAUCGCUCAGUAAAUGAAUGACCGCGCGUGGACGGGGCGCGCGUCCCGCGGAACCGCCACAACCGCCGGCCCUUCGCUCCGCUCCCGACGAGCUCAGGGACCCGCGGAGAUGACGGAGAGCCCGGGGAUUCCCGGGGCUGGACCCCGCUUCCCGCCGGGAUGGAGGGCGGGGAUCGGGCCCCGCAGCGCCGGGGCCGCCGGGCCGGAGGAUGCUCCUCGGCACAGCGGGGUUUAUCCCCGCGCCUCUUCCCGGGGAAACCCCGCGCGUCGGGAAACACUCCUCGGGAGUUUCCGGCAAUUUUUUCUUUCUUUUAUUUUAAUUUUUAAUUUUAUUUUAUUUUUAACAAUAAAAGGAAGCCUUGUUCUCA